AUUCCUGUAUGAAGAGAGCCAGCGUGAAGACAUUUUUAAGAACUACAAGUACCCAAGGCCAGGAUACAGGAAAACAGAAACUCCAGCAGACUAACUGAUCUCAUGCUGUUUCCUGGUGUUUGGCAGUGACAGAGGAGGAUUGCUGGGCCCUUCCUUAUGUGAAUUUGUCUUUUAAGAGAAGUCUGCUUUUGUCUGGGACAGUUUGUUGUCGUGAGAUACAUCUAAGACAAUUAUAAUCAUGGGGCAAGCUGAUGUCUCCAGACCGGUAAAUCCAGAUGCAGCUGAAGAAGCAGAGCAGCCCUCUGGAGACCCAGGCAUGGUCAUGGACAGUGUGGAAGCAGGAGACACAACGCCUCCCACCAAGAGAAAAAGCAAGUUCUCCGGUUUUGGCAAGAUCUUCAAGCCGUGGAAAUGGAGGAAAAAAAAAAGCAGUGAUAGAUUCAAAGAGACAUCAGAAGUUUUAGAGCGAAAAAUAUCUAUGCGAAAACCAAGAGAAGAGCUGGUUAAAAGAGGGGUUCUGUUGGAAGACCCUGAGCAGGGUGGUGAGGAUCCAGGAAAGCUGAGCCAUGCCUCCUUAAAGAAUGGCCACACCACGCCCAUAAGCAGUACUAGAUCGUCUAGUCCAGUCCUGGUAGAAGAAGAACCAGUAAGACUAUCAAGUCUUAGAAAUCUUGUUCCAGAAGAGGAUUCAAAGAAGAGACUAGGCUCAACUGGAAGCCAGACUAAUUCUGAAGCAGAAUCUGCUCCUGAAAAUGUACCUAAACAGCCUUUACUGCCCCCCAAAAGACCAUUGUCCUCUUCUUGUGAAGCAAGUGAGGGGCAAGCAAAGGAUGUUACUUCUGGCAGUAUGGCAAGGGCCAUCUCCUCAACUUUCGGCUCCUCCAGCACUGUAGCACCUGCUGCCACCGUUGCUGCCACCAGCAUAACGAAGACUGUUGUUAAUUCCUUCGUCACCCCUUCCCCAGCACCCAGGACUUUAUCUGCUGCUCCUGCCAGCAGCAGCACUACACCCACCCCAAGUCUUACUCACACAGUUCCUGCCAAGCAGCCCCCAAUCCCACCCCCUAAACCAGCUCACAGAAAUAGCAACCCUAUCAUUGCUGAAUUGUCCCAAGCAAUAAACUGUGGUACACUGUUGUCAAAACCAUCCCCGCCCUUACCACCCAAGAGAGGCAUUUCGUCAACCUUGGUACCCACCCUGGAACCUACUGCUGCUGUCACAAUAAAAACACCAAGUGAUCAAAGAGAAAACAUGUGCUCUGUGGGCCCUGAACCACUGCUGAUAACCCCACCUUCCUCCCCAUCACCCCCACUGCCUACUCACAUACCGCCAGAGCCCCCAAGGUCCCCUCCAUUCCCUGCUAAGACUUUUCACAUUGUGCCAGAAGUUUUGCUUUCACCUUCUUUAGAUCAGUCCCAGGAGGUUCCCCAGCAGGAAGAUCAGAAAAAGGAAGUCCCCAAGAAGAUACUGAACCAGAGCUCUGGGGAGCCCCACAUCCCUGCGAGGUUGCCCCCACUCCCACUGCAUAUCCGGAUUCAGCAGGCCCUAACCAGUCCCCUUCCCAUGACUCCUCCCCUGGAAGGUUCUCAUCGAGCUCAUUCACUGCUCUUUGAGAACACUGACCACUUUUCUGAGGACAGCGGCACCCUGGGUCGGACUCGGUCACUUCCCAUCACUAUUGAAAUGUUGAAAGUUCCAGACGAUGAAGAAGAAGAGGAGCAAAUCUGUCCAUUGGCAUUUGUUGAAGAUGUGACAUCUACCUCUGUCACUCCUAAACUACCACAAUGUCUGCAAGAGGAAGAGAAGGAAAGUGACUCAGAUUCAGAGGGUCCCAUUCCAUACCGAGAUGAAGAGGAUGAAGAUGACAAUGAGGAAAGCCAUCAGAGUGCUCUGGCCAACAAAGUUAAGAGGAAAGACACGCUAGCAAUGAAGUUGAACCACAGACCCAUUGAAACAGAAUUGAACUUGAAUUCUUGGCCUCGUAAAAGCAAGGAAGAGUGGAAUGAAAUACGGCACCAGAUUGGGAACACACUGAUUCGUCGACUGAGUCAAAGGCCAACACCAGAAGAACUAGAACAACGAAACAUACUACAGCCUAAAAAUGAAGCUGAUCGGCAAGCAGAGAAACGAGAGAUUAAACGUCGGCUCACUAGAAAGCUCAGUCAAAGGCCAACUGUGGCUGAACUACUUGCCAGGAAGAUCCUGAGGUUUAAUGAAUAUGUAGAGGUAACAGAUGCUCAGGAUUAUGACCGGCGAGCAGAUAAGCCGUGGACCAAACUGACUCCUGCUGACAAGGCUGCCAUAAGAAAAGAACUGAAUGAAUUUAAAAGCUCAGAGAUGGAGGUUCAUGAAGACAGCAAACAUUUUACACGCUACCAUCGUCCAUGAUGCUGAAGUUUGAGAAAGGAACUAAAAACCUGGAGCUGUUUUGCUGCUUGUCUCCACGGUGACACAUGGAGAGAGCUCCAGCACUUCCCAGCAGAGCCAAGCUUGCUCUCGGAUCUGGUUCUGGGGCACAAAGCACUUCUGUGAAUGUACCUUUCACUGGAACUGAUUCUCUUGGAUUGCCCUUAGAAAACAGCUAAACACUUUGUCAACACCUUCAAACUUUUUAACAUCGCGGCAAACUUGAGAGAUUUUCUCUCACCAGCCCCCAAAGCUCUGAGCCACUUGCAAGUCCAAGUUUUACUAGCUGCAGCACACCUUGCCUCAAGAUGACUGCCUGUGCUGAGACACAGUUGGCACCACUCGCCUUACCUGUGUGCCCUGUUUGUGAGACCCACUCCUGUAGGCACUAAAUUCCAGCCGUCAAAUCAGUUGGUGGAGAAAAUCUUCUGGAGGCCCCUCAUCUAGCAAAGGGGCCCCACUUACAGAGUCUUUGCAUGUCUCUGAUGUGUCAGAGCACCGUGCUGACCUCACUAUCACAGCAAUAGGGUCCUGUGGGCAUGGGCAUGCACACCUGAGAGGAAGCUCAGGGUCCGACAUGGUCCGCCUUCAGGCACUCGUCAUCCCAGCUUUUUUUCUUUCUUUUGAGACAGACUUUCACACUGUAGCUCAGGCUGGCCCAACUCACUGUGUAGCUCUGUUGGCCUCAGACUUCAAACUCGUGCCUCAGCCUCCCAAGUGCCACUUUUACUGCAGGCAUGAGCUUUCAUUCUGAUGCUUAUUUUGAAAUUAUCUUAAAUAAUGGGAACUGAGCUGCAACCAGAAUCCAAGUUGGUCAAAUGAGAAAGCCAUGCACAUCUCUAUAUACAAACCAAGAAAAAGGCCUUAAUAUUAAUGCCAGUUUGGCAGAGAACUGACUCAUGGAUUAAAUUUUACAGGCUAGUGUACUUUUGUUGUACCAAAUGAUACUGCAAAUUACUUCCAUCAAUACAUGUAUUCUUAGUGAAGCAAAAUUGUAGGUGUCCUGUGGGAGCACUUGUGGGCUCUGGGCCCCCAUACUUCAGGCAGAAUCAGAAUCACAGCAAGGUCCUGAGGGAUGUGAGGUACUGGAUCAGAAAAGGUCUUUGGAAAAGCUCGAGGGAGGGGCCAGUCAUGGCUCAGUGCCCCCUCCUUGGUGCUGUUGGCCUUUCCGUGCACAUUCCCUCUGCACUCCAACGCAGUGCUGCUCACCUGUUCUGGCAGCUUCCACCUCACUUGCCUUUCCUAUUCUAGGCUGCAGCCAGUGUGGUUGGUGCCUGAGUUUUUGGCUUAGUGCCCUCCCCAAUUGUGUUUGUUAUGUAUGUUAGCAGAUUUGGUUAUGAACCUCAAAUAAUUUUUUUGUUGAAGCCCAUACAGCCUCAUUAUUUUCCUCUUAAUUCUAUCUACAUUGUAAGCAGAAGACUUUCUAUUUAACAAAUGUUUUGUGUUUUGUUUGUUGUUUGUUUGUGAGACAGGGUUUAGCCCAAUAGCCCAGGCUGGUCUGCAACUCAAUAUGUGGCCCAGGCUACCCUUUGAUUUAUAAUCUUCCUCAGCUUCCUGAGUGCUGGGAUUGUAGGUGUAAACAAUCAUACCCAGUUUUUCUUCACUUUAAUAUUUAAUGAAUUGUGGCAGUUUUAAAGGUUUCUGAUUUAUUUUGUCUCCUAUCCCGUCUUUCUGUAGAUUUUUCUGCUUUCAUGUCAACAUCAAACUUACUAAAGUCUUAGAAUAUAGGACAAAACAAAAAA